AAAUCUGUGUUCCAAUUGGUCAAGUUGAGGUAGUACUUUACCAUUUCAAAACGUUUUGUCCCUACUGAACACAGCCAGCGAUUCUGUUUUGUCCUCAUCAGAGGAAGAAUGAUUGUUGCAUUCAUCUUUGCCUUCCCUUCCUAUAGAAACUCUGAGUUUGUAGCACCCACCCAGGAAAACUUGAGCCAAACACCUUUCAUCGUCCCCAAUUCACCGACAGGACAAGAAAAUGAACUGGGUGCCGACGAACCAAUGGACACGUCUAUGCCUCCGGAGGACCAAUCGGAUGGUAAGGAGGAGGAGCCAAUGGACAUGGACCCAGCUCCUAAGUCACACCCCUCAGCAUCCACCCCAGUAUCCCAGAACUCCCCAGGUUUGUGUUGGAGAGGACCCUCUCUCUGCCUACCCAGCCUGAGUUCUCUCAUGAUGUAUUUGUCCCAACCCAGAGCCAAGAGGCUGGAAGCAGUAGCAUAGCUCCACAAGAGACGCACAGCAGGAAAGUGACAUCAUCAAUCCCAACCCACAGCACUGGAUUCAAGCUCACCCAAGAUGGCGCUGCACCCACCCAGUCCAAAGCACCCACAACAACUGACCGAGAACACUCUGUGACUGAUUCUUUCCAACUGGAGCUGUCUGUGAAUACUCAGAGCUGUAGUCUGGCCCAGCAGGCUUCCAUGCAGGCUGGGGGGAAGGAUGUCGAGGAGGACAGUCAGGCUACACAGAUAGAAGAAGGUCUGGACGGACGCCUACAGAUAGACACCAGUGACUCUGUGAUUUCACGUAACAGCCAGAAGAGGGAAAGUAACGGGGUCCCCUCUGACCCAAAAACACCUGCUAUUUGCCUAAAGUUCCUCAGG